GACUGGUGGCGGGGGCGUCUGCUGAGAGACUUCAUCCACAAGAGGGACAUCAACACAGUCAAUGGAUGUAUCGCUAUGUACUCCAUGGAUGAGCCGACCGACACCUCAGACACGGUGACCAGUUCUCACAGCGCCAACCCCAAGGAGAGCUCCAAAUACUUCUAUGCCAGGAUCAGGCGUUUCCGCAAGCUGGGAGCGGGCUUCAACAUCCAGAACGUGGUGUCCUUCUGCCCGUUCAUGAUGAUGAUCACCUACAAGGAGAUGCAGGAGAGUGAGGAGGAGGCCGGGGUACCCAAGAAAGGGAUGAUGCUCUACUGUCACCCGCUGGUGUCUGCUUACGAAGUUGGGAAGCCUCUUCCAGACCAGAGAACCUUCAGCCUGAGACAUUCUCUGCACUGCAACUACACAUAUGUCCACCCCAAUGCUGUUCGGCUGCUAGGGUUCCUGCCUCAAGACUUCAACGGGAUGUCCAUCUUUGAUCUCUACCACCCGGACGACUAUCAGCAGCUGUUGGACAUUCACAAGAAAAUUCUCCUGUCCAUGGGCCAGCCGUUCAAGAGCGGAGGCAUGCGUCUGAAGACGAGGAACGGAUGCUACGUGGAGGUGGAGACGGAGUGGUCAAGCUUCAUCAACCCCUGGUCCAUGAGGCUGGAGUUCAUCAUCGGACAACACAAAGUCAUCACUGGCCCGUCCAGACCAGACCUGUUUGAGGACUUGCAGAACAAGCAAGAGAAGUUUGAGCUGUCGCCCGAUCUGAAGAAGGUUCAGGAGAAGAUACUGGAGGUCUUGAAAAAGCCCAUACAAGGCGUCUUCACAGAACCGGCCCCUGUGGCAGCAAAGAUUGUCAAAGAUCAAAGUGCCCCCGGUCCGAUGGUGGCCCCCGCGCAGACACAGGCGAGUCGAGAGACGGAAGCUGGCGGGGCGAAAGGAACAGCGGAGAAGUCAAAGGGUAAUGAGACGGCUGUGGCAGAGAGCAAGUCGACGGUGAUAGACGACAAAGGCAUCUCUUCCAUCUACAAUCAGCUCAACUACUCACACAACAUCAAGAGGUUUCUGAUGAGUCACCCGAAGUCAUUCUCCAACCUGUCGGACGAGGACAGCGUGAUGACCCGAGAUGACAGUGAGGACGAGGCCAUCAACGAUGAAGAGGAGAUGCCUCUUGAGAUCCCAGUGGUGAAACCUCCCAGCUGUGGUAGUUCUACUCAGGUCCACGUCUCGGAACAAGGUCACGGGGAGGAGAUGUUGAGCCCGCCGACCUUCGGGGACGAGGCGAUGCCUCCACGCGAGGCGCCCGCCGACAACAUCCACUUCCUAACGGAGGAGACGCUGAAGAAACACACCAAGAUACAGGAGAGACUCUAUCUGCAGCGCAUCUCGGAGGAACAGCCCAUGCUGUUGAACAUGCGCCGGAUCAAGAGCUCGAGAAACACGUCGCAUCAGAAGCGACCUCGGCCCAGAGAGGCGGGGGAAGAGAUGGACACGGCCAAACACCCGUGCACGAAGAGUGGUGUGUUCAGAUCCAGCUCCAACAUCUUCAUGCAGAGUUUCCCGACAGUCACCUCCACGGACAUCACGCCCUCCACGUCGACGGCCAACCCCAUCUUCGGCCAGGCAGAGAUCGUGGGCCGGCCUCCGUUUGACAGCACCUUCCUGAGCCAGAGCGCGCCGCUGGGCUUCCAGCCUUUCCCCGCUGGGUAUCAUCAGACAGGAAACCAGCCAGCCGGCAUCGCUAUCCCCGCCCAGCCCAUCCAGCUGAUGCCGCGGGCCUCACUGCCGCUGUCGUGCCUGCCCCCGACCUUGGCCCCCAUGAUCCCCAACCACCCGGGCCUGCUGGACUCUAGUCGCGCCGGCCCCGACCAGAACAUUCAGUGGCCGUACUACCCGCAGACCGGCUACACACUGCUGCCCCAGGUGAUGGCGGGAUUCUACCGGCCGCUGCUGCAGCCCGUGCAGGUCCAGGCCAUGACCCCACAGCCCGGCGCGUUUAUGAAGGCUGGAAACGCCGUAAAACUCGUCACAGAUCAGGUGCCGGUGAAGGACACACAAGGGGAACAGCCGGCCAAAAAGAGCAAGAUGGACCCUGCCAAGAACUCUGAGCUCGACAACCCGUCCUCUUCUGUGGAGGACACAGCAUCCUCUAUCUUGUAUCUGUUGGACGCUGACAGCUCCACUUUUGAGGACUCUGACAACAGGACAGGCCCAGGAGCGGCUGCCGCUGCCAUGCCGAGAAUGCAGAACAAACGGUCCAACGAGCCGCCGUGGCUGCGUGGAGUCAAGUGGAACAAUGACGUUAAGAUGAGGUACACGUUGCCCCAGCGUAAGCUGUACACAGUGUUGAAGAUGGACGACAAGAUGCUUAAGAAGGCCAGUCAAGGCGACCUGGUUCAGGCUAGCCUGGAGCAGCUCAUGGAGGAUAUUUCAAUGCCCGAUCACGAGAAUGCUAUUGAUGAGGAGGCGGACUAUCAGUUCUACCCGGGCGACGAGCCGCUGGAUGAACUGGACAUGCUGAGCGACGCAAAGAUCCAGGAGGCGGUGAUCACCGGACCCUGCAUGGACAUGAACGAGGAGGAGGGGGCGGUGGGCGGGGGAGGGGACGACGGGGGAGGCGGUGGUGGCGGGGGACGACACGAAGACGUCCUCUGGAGCCUGGGCACCUGCGAGCACGACGAGGACAACUACGACACGCCCGUCAACUCGCACUCGGAGGACGAGAAGGCCCCGCCCACCCCGACGCAGGCGGACGCCAAUGCAGGGAAGACGGAAGGCAAGAGGGACGAGAGCCCCAACUCGAGUAGUGGCAGUAGUAAGGCGACAGAGGGAGGCGAGAUGGUUUCCAUGGAGACAGUGUUCAUGAGCAACAGCCAAUCGGCGAGCGGCGGUUCUCUGGCCAAGCGAGGCGGCAGUCCCAAAGAUUGCUCCCUGAGCGGGGACGAGGGAAGCAGCGGCAGCGACGGCGGCCAAAAGGGAGAGAUGGAGGACUCGCAGUCCAACUGCUCCAAGGUCUCCAGCGAUAUGACACCCAGCGACGACCGCAGCAACGAAGAGGCCGGCAGCUCCCUGAAGGAGUCGGACGCCUCCAUGAAGCACCUCAAAGACGUGUCGUCCGUCGCUUCGUCCAACUCCUCGAACGAGACCCCGGAGAUUGGCGAGGCUGGCGGCGCGGCGCCCGUGCGCGACAUCGAAGAGAUCUUCAAGAAACUGUUUGUCCCGCUGAAGGUGCGGGUCCGGGAGAAGCUGAACAUGCCCAAGGAGCCUUACUGGCUGGUGGAGGCGCACCUGAGCCAGCGCGUGGCCAUGACCUACAAACUGCCCUCGCUACAGCUGGAGGACGUGCUGAGCGAGGACAAGAAGAAGAUGUCGGAUCUGGUGCAGUCGGCGACGGUGAAACAGCAGCUGCUGCAGCUGCUCAACGAGGUGGACAUCAAGUCUGCGUCGGUGGUGGGCACCUCCCUGUCCUUCUCCUCCCCCGUGGCCUCCUCCUCCUCCUCCUACCAGAACCAUCCUGUCAUGUCGUUCACAGUCACCGAGCCAACGACCAGUGUCGCCAUGGAAACGGUGCCGGCGGCGAGAGAGUCGCUCUCCGCUGGGUCGUCGCCACCCAGUAAGGAGACGACGACUCCGCUGCACUCAAUGGAGGACAAGGUCGCCGGUGCGGAGCACGUGGGCUCUCCGUCGUCGGGUCUGGGUUUAGGGCUGGAGUCGGUGAAAGAAGAGGAGGAGGAGAAGAAGCUGGGCAAAGACUGUGCUAGUAAGAUGGAGAGCAGCUGUGAUCAGGGCAAGGUGGAGGCAGAGAAGAAGCUCUCUAGCCUCCUCUCUCAGGACGGGACAGCGAUGAGUGUGUCCAACGAGAGCCUGAAGGCCCUGAGUGUGGAGAUGGGCAGUGCGGAGCCGUCUAUUGCUAAAUCGUCUCUGUGCGAGGAGACGGCUCACCUCACACUGGCCAAGUCCUCGUCUUUUCUCUCGCUCGACAGCAUGUCCAACUCUCCGCAGGCGCCCAUCUACCACACGACCAGACUCGUGAAGGGCCGGAGGCAUGCCACUUCCUCCGACACUAACACGGACCCCAUCGCGGACGAGUCGCAGUUCAAUUCCUCAGCUCAAAGUCGGUCUUCUUCGUCGAUCGGAGUUCCGGUACACAGACCCUCGAGGGCUGGCCAUUCCCAGGCAAGGACAGACGCUUACCUUAAGGAGUACCUGCAGGCCAUGGAGACUUCUUCUGUGUCCGGACAAAAUCUCGAGGACGUGAUCAUGAACAAAAUAUUUGUGCCAAAGGACAGUUCGGAGGUUAAAGACAUGAUGAACGAUUUCCACUCCCCGCAGUAGUCGACAGUUUCAGUUCCAUGGAGCGAUAAUAAUUUUGUUGAGGAUUGGGUGGUUGGGUGUUCCUUGUUUGCGAUACAAGUGUCCCACCUGAUUAUGUCCCCUCAUCGGAGCUUGAACUAGUGCCCUCUGGGAGUUGUUUUGCCCAAAGAGAGGCAGAAAACAUGUGCUGAUUGGUCAGAUGAUAUUUGAGGGUUGGGCGUCCGUUCAGAAGGUACCUGUGCCCUGACUGCGGCAGCGGUCGCCCUCCCGUCGAGAGUGUGCUCGACUGUCCGUUGUAGACGUGGCUCCGCAGUGUGGAGGGCAGGACCUGGGCAGAAAGGGUACCGGUGCUCGAUGCAUGAGCAUAGCGGCAAGUGGGAAGUUUCCCGCCUUUGAUCAGGUGGUCAAGGUGUGGCGAAAUCCGAUCUUGUGAUCGGUGACUGACGAGAUGACAUGGUGAUCAGCGGCAGGGAGUGUGCGUCGUACUGAAAUCCUCGUGUGGAUUAUAUUCUUUCCAGCAUCACAAAUGGGUAACUGGUGCCCGGUAGAUCUGCAUUUGGAAGGAGGAUAUCGUUGAAGGAGGAUAUCGUCGCAGGUAAUUCGCCGUGAAGUGUUUUGUCGAUGUGACAUACCUAGGUGGUAGUUCCUGUCCUCAAAGAUCGGCGGUACGCACGAUUGGUGGUACGCACGAUUGGUGGUACUUGACGAGGAGUGGAGGAUGGGAUGUGGAACAGAUGGCGCCGGCUGUGAUGUUCCUUUCUUCAUUACUGCAGCCUCUCCGCUCUUGGUAUGGCACUAUGAUAUGACGACGUCUGGCUAAUACUAACGGGGAAGUGGCCAGAUUUAGGGGAGGUGUCUGUUUGGAGAAGCAGCAUAUAGAUCUGUGACACACCGUUGUUAGGAAAAUUUCCUGUCCCAAAUAUCUGGGAUCCUCGAGACACCCCCCUUUUUGUACCUUGUCAGACAAGAGUGAUAAUACACAGCAUAUGUCUUUGGCAAUAAUCCAGCAGAUCUCCCCCCCCCCCCCCCCCCCCCCCCAGAUAUUGCUUGAUGUUGUUUGUACCCCUGUACAUUUCCAUCUCUCUCAGAUUGAGAGCCCAAAGUACGGCUGUGUGGUGUAUACGUGGGGUCCACAUUGUGCUUCCUAGAGUGGAAAAGUUCCAUCUGCAUUGUGCUGAAAUGUGUAGGCUCUCGCACUCGUAACCGUACGGUCGUGGGUUUGAAUCACGGCAGGGGCUCGACGUUGUGUAUGCUUCCCCGGGGAGCCCAGAAUGUUUCCGAGUUUUUGUUGGGUCUGCUGGGGUAAUGGUAAUAAUAUCGUGUCAAUCGCAUCUAUAGAGCUUGCUGCUGAGCAGGGGUAUGCGCUUUACAAAUGCUAUUUAUUAUCGUUAAAUGUAUAGUCGGAUAGUUCGUCUUACAUGAAUCGAGUCCCAGCUGUGUCGUGCGAGCUUUGUAAAGAAAGUUGUUUGUUUUAGACAGGUCAACGUUGUGGUCAGUAUAAUUCAUUAUAAUAUUAAACCACACGUGGUUGGAGAGGGAAGAAAGGUGUUUGUCUAAGUCUUGGACAGGUGGCUAUUUAAAGCAGGCUCAACUAUAUUCUGGUAAAGUUGUUGUGCGCUCACAUAUAACCUCAUGCAGUUGCGAGCGCACCAAAACACUUGAACAAAAAAAAAUUUGUUCUACUCAAAUUUUUUUAUUUUUUAGCUCAAGUAGCUGGGAUCAAGGCGUUUGGCAACUGGUAGAGACCGUUAAUUUGAUUUCGAUAUAAUGUGGCUACCGUGCUAAAUGCUGCUAUAUAUGCUGUAUAUGUUCACUGCAGAAAUAGUGAGUGAGUAGAAUUUACAGGCAGGACCAGAGAGUUAGUACAAGGUAUUGUGCGCCUUUUCGGUUCUUCAUGGUGAGGAUUCACCGUAUAAAUCUCGAUAUCUUGAUUCCUGAAAUUAUUUGCAUUUUGAACUAGGCCUAUCUAUAAGGAUGUAGAAUCAGCAAAUUCUGAGUGCCUGGUUGCUUGUACGUGCAUUUUCAUGGGGUGCAAAAAGCUUAGACUUUUUUCUUGGAGCCAAUUACCACCCCUGAGUCAAUAAAUCUCUUGUUGUAACUUUCUGGCUUGUCAGAUGGAACGUUUUCACUCUAGGGGGCCCUCAACAUGCCAUUAUGACGUGACGAUAACUAUUUUUAACCCUGGAAGUCAGAGCAUUGCUAUUUUGUAUGGAGCUGUAGGCUUAUUUUGUAUGUAUGUAUGUAUUGAAUUGUCCACAUUGUACAAAGGAAGAAUAAGUAUUGCAGCUUUUUAUUGUUUUUGUUAUACUCUGUUGUUUUGGUUGGUUUAUCUGUUUUACGAAAAUCUUCUAUGUAUAUAUAUUGGAGGUUGUCAUAGUUCAUUCGUUCCACUGACAUUCUGUCCCUUCAUAUAAUUUAUUAUUAUUAUUAUUAUUAUUUUUAUUAUAAUUAUGUGUUAUUAUUAUUAUUUUUAUUAUAAUUAUAAGUGUUAUUAUUAUUAUUAUUAUUAUUUUUAUUAUAAUUAUAAGUGUUAUUAUUAUUAUAAGUAUAAUUAUUAUAAUUAUUAUUGUGAUUAUUAUGAUUAUUAUUAUUGUGUGUACAGAUUAUGAAGCAUUUUGUAUUUUAUCAUCCCUAGAUUCUUUCUAUUAUUCUUUUAAAAGCAAUGGUAAAUCAGUGUAGAAAUGGAAGGAACCAAGACGUUCCUCCCAGUCCCCGUGUUGUCGCAAGACGUCGGCGGGUCUUGUCGUGUACGCCUCGUUCAUCGCGUGUUGUUGUCGAAAGCGCUGUUGUUUCCUGGUCGACGUGAUGACGAUGCAAUGAUGCUUUCUCUUUUCUUGUUUACUGC